CAAUCAGGACAGCAGGGAUGGCAACCGGGAGACCAGCCAGGAGGCCACUGAAGAGGUUCAGCCGCAAGGCCUCUGGGAUCUUAGCUCCCUGACCAGGGAAACGAACCUGCACCCCCUGCGUUGGAAGGCGAAGUCUUAACCACUGAACUGCCAGGGAAGUCCCUAAAAUUUAUAUUUUUGUGUAUAUUUUAUAAACAUGUGGUUAUCUGUAUAGUAUACUGGGGGUGCAUAAUUAAUUUUUCUGAAGGUGUGCGUUCAAAAAUGUGCAGACCAUUUAGCUGAGAUGAUUUCUAGGUAAUUUCAUUUGGCCCCAGAGCUUUAAUUACAGUCUGCACACUUUUAAAUCUAGGAUUUAUCUCCCACCCUAGUCCCUGAUAAACUCCAGACCCCUGUAGCAGCUGCAGUGAGCACAGUGUUCAGUGGAGACCUGUAGGAGUUAGGUGAUGAGGAGGGAGAGGGGCGUGUUCCAGACCGAGGCAAGAGACAGCCCAGUGCCUUCGAGACCAGAAAGAAUUCCUGGUGGCUAGCUUGAAGAUCACAAGAGGGUCAGUAGUGAAAAAUGAAGGCAGAUGGGGCCAAAUGGUGGAGUGCCUUGUGCUGAGAGGUUGGACUCUUCUGAGGGCAAUGGGGAGCCACUGAAGCAUUUAUAUCCAGGGAGGAGGCAUAAUUUGAGGUGUAUUAGCAGAGGAUCACAGUAGAGGAUCACAACUUCUCUUUAUUUUAAAGAUGAGGGGAAUUCUCUGGCAGUCCAGUGGUUAGGGCUCUGUGCCUGUUCACUGCUGUAAGCCCGGGGUUCUAACCCUGGUUGAGGAACUAAGAUCCCACAAGCCUCAUGGUGUGGUCAAAAAAACAGAAUAAACAGGAGUAAAAUAAGGCCUCAGAGGGGAGCUCCAGAGCCGCCCAGAGUGCCAGUGGCAGAACCAACACUGGAUGCCCAGUCUCCUAGCUCCCAGUCCAGUGCCCUCGCUGCAUUUCCAUCCACCCUUCAUCUCAGGCAGCAUCUGGAGCGCAGGGACCCUCCAGGUGGAGGAGGCCCCGACAUUUGGCACAGCCACCAUCCAGGUAGUGUAUCCCUAAUACCUUUGCAUUGAUCUUCCCAGUGGGUUGGACUCUUGGGGAACCAAGAUAAAUAAGGCCCACGUGGUAACUGGUCUCUAUUAUCACUGCACAUUGUGUCCAGUCAUCUCAACAGUCCUGCAAGUCAGUGGAAAGUGAAGCUAAGAGAGGCAAAGCAACUUGUUCUAUAUCAUACAGCCCGGACCUGGGGAAGCUGUGAUUCAAACUCUCUUCUCUCCAAUUCCCACAGCUAAGUUUUUUCCUUCUUGUACAUAUCAAGUCACUCAGAUCUCAGCAGUGAAGACAGACCCUUUAAAAAAUAGUUUGAUACAAUGUUCAGUGUUACAGGUUGAUAUGGAGGUGGGCUUGUUUUGCCUUUGGGGACUGGUAAGACUUUGGUUCAUUUGCUGAGCUUUCAGCAUGCAUAGUUCACCAGAAGAGACAAGAUUUUACUGGUAACAAGUCAAGAGGAAAACUGGAGAGGUGGAGCUCAGGAUGGAGUGAGCCGGCAGGAAAUGACCAAGCAGUAAGAGUGCAGGGUCUCCUGGGCCAAGCCUGAGUCACCUUUGACUUCCCUUUUCCUCACAUCCUAUAUCCAAGCCAUCAUCAAGUCCUGUUGGCUCAAAUACAUAACUGUAAACUGACCUUUUCUCACCACCUCCAUUGCUACCACUCUGGCAGCUGGUUCACACUACCUUCAAAUCUCAUCUAGCUUUUUGCAAGAACUUCCCUCUGCCCUUGCCUACCUACAGCCUACUCUGGACAAAGCAGCCUGAGAGAGGGAGAGAGAGAGAAAUUCUUCCAAUACAGUCAUCCUCAGCCUCAGCUACGAUUUAAAAUCUGCUGGGGACGUCUCAAAAAGUUCCUGUGUCUGCACCUCACCCCAGAUAUUCUAACAUAAUUGAUAUGAAUCAGGACCCAGCCAGAGGUAUUUUUAAAGCACUCUAGAUGAUUCGAACUUGCGGCCAGGGUUGAGGACCACUGUUUCAGUAUGUAAAUCUCAUCUCUUCUCUAGCCAAACCUUCCAACACUCUCCAUUUCACUCAGAGUAGAUGCCAGUGGUCUACAGGGCCGAUGUGAUCUGGCCUCCUGUGACCUCUCUUUCCUCCCUCUCGUUCAUUCCAUUCCAGCCACACUGGCCUUUUGAUUCACUGAACAAACAAGGCACACUUCUACCUCAGGGCCUUUGCCCUCGUUCCCUCUGCCUGAAAAACUCUUCACCUAGAUGUCUGCAUGGCUUAAUCCUCAACCUCCUUUAGGUCUUUGCUCAGCCAUCACCUUCUAGUCCGUCCUCUUUAAAAUUGCAACUCCUGCCCACCAUUCGCCAUCCUUCUUAUUCUGCUCUAUUUUUCUUUAUAGCACUUGUCACCUCUGACUUCCGAAAUAUUUUACCUACAUUGUCUGUCUCUUCCCCACUAAAAUGUAAACCCAGGAGACUGGGAAAUUUUGUUAAUUUUUAAAAAACUGCUAAAUACUUCUAUUACCUAUCUGACAUAUAGCAGGUGCUCAUUGAAUCUCUGUUGGAUAACUGAACUUCUGUAUGUCUGUAUGUUUUGGUAGAGGCUGGCACAUGGUUUGGGCCAGGUAGAAUCUGAGGCACUAAGGGACACCAGGGGAGAGGUCCAGCAUUUGGGUUUGAAGCAGAUGAUGACUGAAGCUGUAGGACCACCCUAGAGGAACAUGGACAUAGGAACAAAGGAACCGCCAAACCUACUUCUCCCCAUGUUCAUCUGGAUGGGUGAGACCUCCAUUUGCCUGGUUACCAGAUGGGCACCUGAGGUCACCCUGGAUUCCUUACCUCCACAUCUCACCUCCCAAACAAGUUCUAUAUUAUUGUCUAAAUAUCUCCAAAAUCUGCUACUUCUGUUUGUCUGCAGUGUGACAGCCAUCCUCUCCCCCCAGACUACCACCAACCCAGCCUGGGUGCCUCCGUUGGUCUCCACCAUGCAGUUUACAUGGUUUUCCUAAAACAUUCGACCUUCUCCCUCCGUCUGAAAAUCUUUCAGUGGGCUCCCUGCUGCCUUGGGGGCCAAAGCGCAGCUCCCACAAGGCCCUCUGUGCACAUGGGCCGGACUGUCUCUAAAUUCAUCUCUUGCCGCUCAGCCUAUAGGCCCCCAAGGCACAGGACUUCCUCAGACCUGCGGGCCUGGGCUCAGGACUGAAACAAAGCUAAGGAAGCCACUCUUGUUGGGAGAAGACUUCCCUGCGGACCGCGCCGCCUCCUCUGGCCCCGCUGAGCCUCACCUCACGCGCCCUCGUUACUGACACUGUCUGGCGGCUUGUCCCCCGCGUGGCUGGGGGCGCCUGAAGGAAGUACGACGCGCCGCCCUAGAGACCCGGGGCCGGCGCUGGGCGCAGCUGCCUCUCCGCGUUUGCCUGUCCGUCUUUGUGUCUGUCUUUGUGUCUGUCUGGCUGUCUCCGAGCUUGCCUCCACUUCUAGAACUAAGCCUCCGGGACACCGACAUCCCGCGAACCCUCGCCCCUCUCCCAUGGCAGGCUACUUGCCCCCCAAAGGCUAUGCCCCUUCGCCCCCACCUCCCUACCCUGUGACUGCUGGGUACCCGGAGCCUGCACUGCAUCCUGGGCCCGGGCCGGCGCAGGCACCAGUGCCUGCCCACGUGCCUGCCCCUGCGCCCGGCUUUGCUCUCUUCCCCUCACCCGGCCCUGGGGCCCCGGGACCAGCUGCCCCCUUCUUGCCACUGCCUGGGGUGCCUUUUGGCCUCGAAUUCCUGGUGCAGAUUGAUCAGAUCUUGAUUCACCAGAAGGCUGAGCGGGUGGAAACACUCCUGGGCUGGGAGACCUGUAACCGCUACGAACUGCGCUCGGGCGCGGGACAGCCCCUGGGUCAGGCGGCAGAGGAGAGCAACUGCUGUGCCCGUCUAUGCUGCGGUGCCCGCCGGCCCCUGCGUGUCCGCCUGGUAGACCCCGGGGACAGAGAGGUGCUGCGCCUGCUCCGCCCUCUCCGCUGUGGCUGCAGCUGCUUUCCGUGUGGCCUCCAGGAGAUGGAAGUACAGGCUCCACCUGGCACCACCAUUGGCCACGUUCUACAGACCUGGCAUCCCUUCAUCCCCAAGUUCUCCAUCCAGGACGCUGACCGCCAGACCGUCCUGCGAGUGGUGGGGCCCUGCUGGACCUGUGGCUGUGGCACAGAUACCAACUUUGAGGUGAAGACUCCAGAUGAAUCCCGCAGCGUGGGCCGCAUCAGCAAGCAGUGGGGGGGCCUGCUCCGGGAAGCCCUCACCGACGCCGAUGACUUCGGCCUGCAGUUCCCGCUGGACCUGGAUGUGAGGGUGAAGGCUGUGCUGCUGGGAGCCACGUUCCUCAUGGAGAGGGUCAGGGACAGACUCUAUGGGGGUGUGCGGUUCCAGAGCUGGUUUGUGACCGCUGAGCCAGGCUGGCCCAGCCAGGUCUCCUGCUGACCGAGCCCUCCCCUCAGGACUACAUGUU